AUGAAGUUCCAGGGGUCCCUGGCCUGCCUCCUGCUGGCCCUGUGCCUGGGCAGUGGGGAGGCUGGCCCACUGCUCAGUGAGGGAGCAGGCGUUGAAGCAGGUGUUGGGGAAGCCAUUGGACACGGGGUGGAAGAAGCCAUUAGUCAUAGCAUCGGGGAGGCCGUGGGCGAAGGGGUUUCAGAGGCAGUUAGCUCUGGGAUCAGGCAUGCUUUUGGCCCAGGGGUGAGUGAGGCCCUCAGCCACAAGGUGGGAGAGGCCAUCUACCAGGGGGCUGGGGAAGCAGCCCAUGCUAUUGGGAACUCGGGCAGUGAGGCCGGCAGACAGGCUGAGACUGUUAUUCGACAUGGACUAGAUGCUGCCCACAGCGCCUGGCAGGGGAAUCCUGGCGGCCACGGUGCUUGGCCUUCAUCUGGAGGCCAGGGCAGCUUUGGUUCUCAGGGUCACCUCGGACCCCAAGGCCAGGGCAGUCCCUGGGACCUCGGACACACUGGAGGCUCAGAUGGCAGCUUUGGAGCGAACUCUCAGGGGAGCUCCUGGGGCCAAGGAGGCAGCGGAGGACCGUACAACGCGAGGACCAACCCUGAGGGAGCUGUGGCCCAACCUGGUUACGGCUCAGUGAGGGGCAACAGCAACCCAAGCGCGGAGUGCACCAACGCGCCGCCCUCUGGCUCAAGCGGAAGCUCUAGCAACUCCUGGGGAAGCAGCAGCGGCAGCAGUGGCGGCGGAAGUGGCGGCAAUGGUGGCAGCAGUGGUGGCAAUGGUGGCAGCAGCGGCGGCGGCAAUGGUGGCAGCAGCGGCGGCGGCAAUGGUGGCAGCAGCGGCGGCAAUGGUGGCAGCAGCGGUGACAACGGUGGCAGCAGCGGCGGCAGCCGUGGAGGCAGUUCUGGAAGCAACUGGGGAUACAACUCCGGCUCCUCCGGCUCUUCCUCGGGAAACAGCGGGAGCAGCGGGGGCAGCAGCGGGGGCAGCAGCGGGGGCAGCAGCGGGGGCAGCAGCGGGGGCAACAGCGGGGGCAGUGGAGGUUGGAACAGACCCGAGUGUGACAACCCAGGGAACGAUGUCCGAGUGUCCGGAGGAUCCAGGGGUCAGGGCUUCAGAGGUCCCGGCGGCUCUGGUGACAUCAGGGAAAUAAGCAAGGAAGGUAGUCGCCUGGUUGGCGGCUCCCAAGGCAAUUAUCAGGGGCAAGGGUCCAGUGGGGGAGGUGAAGCUGUCGGUGGAAUCAAUAACUUGAACUCUCCGACAUCUUCGGGACAAUUCAACUUUGACAAUUUCUGGAAGAACUUUAAGUCCAAGCUGGGUUUCAUUAACUGGGAUGCCAUCAACAAGGGCCAAGUCCCAUCCCCCAGCACUCGCGCCCUCCUGUACUUCAGUCGACUCUGGGAGGAUUUCAAACACAACACUCCUUUCCUGAACUGGAAAGCCAUUAUUGAGGGUGACUACCCGUCAUCAUCGCUGCAGAAGAGAGCAGGCGGUGCUGACCAGAACCACAAUUACAACCAGCAGGUGUACCCUACUGCUUCUAGCGGGCAGUACGCAGCCAAGGCCCCAGCCAAGGGGGGAGUCUCGGUUUCUUCCUCGGCGUCCCGGGUGCAACCUGGCCUGCUGAAGUGGGUGAAGUUCUGGUAG